AGCACUGCCUCGGCGUCCUCGCUUGAAGCUUGUCUCGUACGAGUGGGGCGGUUGAUUCCCUUCCCUCGUAUGGCGGACCUGGGAGCGGCGGCCGGAAGGGGAGGCGACGACGCGAUGGACGCCGCCGCCGGGCCUCCGACGGCGGCGGAGGUGGAGGCCGCCCCCGUCCCCGACGUUAACAUGAACCCUCUGAAGAGGUCGUCGGAGUCGUCUGCUCAGGAAGACGAUGCAGACAGGCAGAAGCGGCAGAAGACAGAGUGUCAAGAAUUCAUUCCGAGGAGAUACCAGCUCGAUGUCUACGAGGUCGCCAAGGCGCGGAACACGAUCGCGAUGCUCGACACGGGAGCUGGGAAGACGAUGAUCGCUGUGAUGCUCAUGAAGGAUUUUCGGAGCAAGGUCGACAAAUCGAGGAACGACAGGAAGGUCAUCGUUUUCCUCGCACCGACGGUUCAGCUCGUCACGCAGCAAUGCGAGGUGAUUAGAGCCCACACGGAUUUUGAGGUGGAGCUCUACUAUGGCGCCAAGGGGGUCGACGAAUGGACGGCUCCUAGAUGGAAAGAAGAAGUGUCGAAAUAUCAGGUCAUGGUGAUGACACCAAUGGUGUUGCUAGACGCUUUAUGUAAAGCGUUCUUGACCUUGGACUUGGUUAGUCUUAUGAUAUUUGAUGAAUGCCAUCGUGCAACUGGCAAUCAUCCGUAUUCUAGAAUAAUGAAGGAGUUUUAUCACCAAUCUGAACACAAGCCAAAGGUGUUCGGUAUGACAGCAUCACCUGUUAUAAAAAAAGCUGUCUCUUCUGUUUUGGAUUGUGAAGUUCAGUUCUCUGAACUGGAAAAGCUUCUAAAUGCUAAGAUCUACACAGUUGCUGAUAGAGAAGAGAUAGAGCUUUGUGCCCCUACUGCAGAAUAUGUGAACAGAUACUAUGCCCCCAAAACAGUUUGUUUCAACUAUUUGAAUGAAGAGUUGGCACUUUUACGUUCCGAGUAUGAUGCAUUAAUUAGAAAAUUGCAGAAUAAGCCAAACUACCAGAAAAAAGAAGCCGAUGAAAUAGCAAAACAAUCACGGAAGCAUCUAUCGGAUUCUAUAGAAAAGAUCUUGUAUUGCCUUGAUUCUGUUGGUCUUCUUUGUGCUAGUGAGGCCACCAAAAUCUGCAUUGAAAGGAGUCAGAGAAAAGGUUGGCUGAAGAAAGUUUCUGAUGCCACAAAUAUUCAAAGUGAUACCAAUAGCUCGUUCCUGUGUGCGGAAAUUUCAGCACUACAUUUGAAGUUCUUUGAUGCCGUGUCACGUAUACUUGACAAACACCUCCAGAAAGGUAGCAAUGUGCUUCUAAAUUCUGAGAGUGGAUGUGUGGAAGCAACAAAAAUGGGCUAUGUAUCACCAAAGCUUUAUGAACUCAUCCAAAUCUUCUACUCUUUCAGUAACUUAGACCAUUUCCGAUGCCUCAUUUUUGUGGACCGAAAAAUCACUGCUAGAGUCAUUGAACGGGCAAUGAAGAAAUUUUCACAGCUCUCACAUUUUACAGUUUCUUUUCUUACUGGAGGGAGUUCUUCAGUGGAUGCUCUGACCCCUAAAGUGCAAAAGGACACACUGGAUUCAUUUCGUUCUGGAAAGGUGAACUUACUAUUUAGUACAGAUGUUGCAGAAGAGGGUAUUGAUAUCCCAGACUGUUCAUGUGUAAUAAAAUUUGAUUUACCGACGACAACCCGUAGCUAUAUUCAGUCAAGUGGGCGAGCACGCCAGAAGGACUCUCAGUACAUACUAAUGAUUGAACGGGAAAAUGCGAAACAAAAUAAUUUGGUAUCGGCCAUUUUGAGAAGCAAGAACUCGAUGGUUGAGACUGCUUUGAACAGAGAUUCCGAGGAUCUACUCCCUGGUUUCUUCGCCGUUCAAGAAACAAAUGAAUACAUUGUAGGCACAACAGGCGCAAAAGUAACUGCCGAGUCUAGUAUUGGUGUUAUCGUCCACUGUUGUAACAAGCUUUCAAAGGACAAGUACAACACCACAAACCCUUCAUUUGAGUCCAUGGAUCACGGUGAUGGUUUUGUGUGUAAAUUAACACUACCAUUUAGCGAUGUGUUGCCACCUUUGGUGGGUCCAAAAGCAAGAAGCAAGCAGAAGGCAAAACAACUAGUUUGUCUUGAUGCAUGUAAGCAGCUGCAUCGACGGGGAAUACUUGAUGACUCCCUUUGUCCAUCUUUUGAAAAGCCACCUCCAGGAAGUGAUGGUGUAGGUACAACAAAACGAAAGGAGCUACAUGGCACAACUGGAGUCCAUGCCUUGUCUGGUACCUGGGCAUCUGAGAGAACUGCUGUUAAGCUUCAAAGCUAUAAGUUGAAAUUUUCUUGUGAUCAAGUUGGUCAGAGAUACUCUGAUUUUGUUUUGUUAAUCGACACAACUAUAGAAAAUGAAGCUGCAAAUUUGGAUAUUGAUCUGUAUCUACAUGACAAGAUGGUAAAAGCUUCAGUCUCUCCUUACGGCCUUCUUGAGUUGGAUGUUGAACAGAUGGAGAAAGCAAAGCUAUUUCAAGCACUUAUGUUCAAUGGUUUAUUCGGAAAGUUGUUUACUGGAUCAAAAUUGUCCGACGAUCCGAGGGAGUUUAUUCUCAAUAAAAGUGAUGCAUUUAUUUGGAAAAAUGCAAAUAUGUAUCUGAUUUUACCUAUGAAUCUUACUCUGGAGUCUCAUGGCAUUUCUUGCAUUAACUGGAGAGUGAUCAAUGAAGCUGCUACAGCUGUCAAACUUUUGAAAAAGAUUUAUGCUGAAGCCACCAUGAACAUACCAGGAAUUCUCGAUUGCGACCAAAAUGAUACAGAUCUAAUUCAUUUAGCUAACACGUCAUGUGAGGCUCAUGUCCUUAGAAAUGUGGCAGUGCUGGCAGUUCACACAGGGAAGAUCUAUACUGCUCUUCAUGUUGCUGAUUUAUCUGCCAAUAGCACAUUUGAUGGUGUAUCAGAUAAGAAAGAAGCAAAGUUCAAUACCUUUACAGAAUACUUCGAAAAUAAGUACAACAUAGUUCUCCGUCAUCCCUCACAGCCAUUACUAGUGCUAAAACCCACCCAUAAACCUCACAACCUUCUUUCCUCAAAGUUCAGAGAUGAAGGUAACCGUGAGAAGAAAAAUGAUGUCAUUAAUAAGGCGAACAACCGUGUUCACAUGCCCCCAGAGUUGCUGAUUCCCCUUAAUUUAUCUGAGGACAUUUUAAGAUCAUUUUAUUUGUUCCCCUCUUUGAUGCAUCGUAUAGAGACAUUAAUGCUAGCCAGUCAACUAAAAAGUGAAAUUUCAUAUGAGGAUUCAAAUAUAUCAAGCUUUCUGAUUCUAGAAGCUAUUACAUCACUUCGAUGCUCUGAAGACUUCUCCAUGGAGCGUCUAGAAUUAUUGGGAGAUUCUGUGCUGAAGUAUGCCGCGAGUUGUCACCUUUUCCUGAAAUUUCCUGAUAAGGAUGAGGGGGAAUUAACAUCCAGUAGGACUGAUAUCAUAUCUAAUGCCGCACUUUAUGGGCUUGGAAUUGAACACAAAAUUCAGGGUUACAUACGUGAUGCUGCAUUUGAUCCUCGCCGAUGGCUUGCACCAGGACAGCUCUCGAUUCACCCUGUUCCUUGUAAUUGCUCGCUAGAUGAGGUUGUAACUCAUGAUAUCGAUGCCGUUGAUGACAAACCUAUUGUGAAAAUAGGCCAGAUGUGUGAUAAGGGACACAGAUGGAUGUGUUCCAAAACAAUUUCGGACUGUGUUGAAGCCAUAAUUGGCGCAUAUUAUGUAGGAGGUGGAUUAAGGGCAGCUCUGUCUGUUCUCAAAUGGUUGGGUGUUGAUGCUGACAUUGAAGAAGAAUUGAUUAUUCAGACCAUCUUGAAUGCAUCUAUGAGGACUUAUCUUCCGAAAGUUGAUGUAAUUAAAAUGCUUGAAGCAAAACUAGGCUAUGCAUUUUCGGUGAAAGGUCUUCUGCUAGAAGCUCUUACCCACCCAUCACAUCAGGAAUCAGCAGAAAGUUACUCCUACCAGCGUCUGGAAUUCCUUGGCGAUGCUGUCUUGGAUAUUCUAUUAACACGACAUCUUUUCAAUAGUCAUAAAGACACCGAUGAGGGGGAGUUGACAGAUUUACGCUGUGCUUCAGUAAACAAUGAAAAUUUUGCACAAGUCGCGGUCAAGCAUAAGUUCCAUCAAUUUCUCCAGCAUUCUUCUGGGAUUUUACCAGACCAGAUUACUGAAUAUGCACAUAGUUUGGAAAAUUCUUCCUUGGACAAAGACAAACUAUUAUCAGAUGCUGCAUUAAGAGGGCCUAAAGUUCUAGGUGAUAUUGUAGAAAGUAUUGCGGGUGCAGUUCUUAUAGAUACGAAACUUGAUUUGGAUGUAGUUUGGGGUGUAUUCAAGCCUCUUCUUUCACCUAUUGUCACACCUGAGAACCUGGAGUUGCCUCCUUUCAGAGAGCUUCUCGAGUGGUGCAGCAAAAAUGGGUAUUUUGUAGAAAUUAAGUGUACAGUUGGAGAGAAAAUAGAGGCUACUCUGGGUGUGCAACUCAAGGAGAAGCUCCUUGUCAGGCAUGGUUGCGGCACGAACAAAAAGGAUUCUAAAGCACAUGCAGCUUCCAUGUUACUCAUGGACCUUCAGAAAGAAGGACUUCUAAUCCCCAAGAAUGCAAGCAGGACUCAACACGCAAAUGGCAGUAACAACUUGUUUGAUGCACUGGAUAUCCGGCUUCCAACACCAACCAGCGGAAAGAAAUCAACUGGUUCAAAGUUAGCUGCUAUCCUUGGUAAACCAGUGCACGUGCUGGUGAAAACGAGUAAAGGAGGACCUCGUGCAGCACUGUAUGAGGUAUGCAAAAAAUUGCAAUGGCCAGUGCCUUCUUUUGAUUCGGUGAAAGUAAAACCAAGCUGUGCAAAAUCUAUGCCUCACGGGUUCUCAUUCGCUACAACCAUAGCAUUGCAAAUUCCUAGUGAUGAUAAGAUCAGCCUCACAGGAGACGGUUUCGCGGACAAGAAAAGCGCAAUGGAUUCUGCUGCACUGCUCAUGCUCCACGAGCUUCAGCGGCGAGGUAGAUUGCAAGUCCAGGAGGUAUGAUUGAAGCAGCCAGUAACCAACCAACACAGAUCCGUGUGGUUCGAGAGGGCUGUGUGGUGCUAGUAAAUAUUUAUACUUCCCAUUGACCGGGCAUGUUUUCUGACUAUGUUUGUCAUCUUCUGUAUGAAUGGACGCGAGGAUGCUUGUGAGAGGGCAGGACACAGCUGAGCUGACCUGUUUCACCUGGUUCUGCUGUCAGUCGUUGUCUAUAAUGUAUACUCGCCUCCAUAUCAUGGUGUCGGGAAUUGGAUGAACCCAAAGUGUUGCAAUUCAGCAAUUAGUCUUUGACAUUCUUGGAA